GUGCCGCCUAUCAGUGCCACCUAUCAAUGCCAGUCAGUGCUGCCUAUCAGUGCCUUCAGUGCCACCUAUCAGUGCCCGUCAGUGCCACCUAUCAGUGCCAUAUAUGAGUGCUGCCUUUCAGUGCCCAUCAGUGAUGCCUGUCAAUGCCCACAAGUGAUGCCUAUCAAUGCCCAUUAGUACCUCCUCAUCAAUGCUGCCUAUCAGUGCCCAUCAAUGUAGCCUAUCAAUGCCUAUCACUGCAGCCUCAUUAGCGCACAUCAGGGAAGGAGAAAAAUUACUUAUUUACAAAAUUUUAUAA